GUGCAUGUGCGGGGCUGAAGAAGGAAAGAAAAGGCUCCCAGCGCCCCAGCCCCACGCUCGCUGAAUACCAAGCUGCAGGCGAGCUGCCGGGUGCUUUUUUUUUUUUUUUUUUUUUUUUUCCUCCUCCAAUUCAGAGUAGAGGAGCCACACUGAUUUCUUUGCAGGGGAGGGGAGGGGCCGGGCAAGGGGUCCCAAGUCGCACACAAGUCUUCGCUGCCAUGGGGGCCGUCAUGGGCACCUUCUCGUCUCUGCAAACCAAACAAAGGCGACCUUCUAAAGACAUCGCCUGGUGGUAUUACCAGUAUCAGAGAGAUAAGAUUGAAGAUGAGCUGGAGAUGACCAUGGUUUGCCAUCGGCCUGAGGGACUGGAGCAGCUGGAGGCCCAGACCAAUUUCACCAAGAGGGAGCUGCAAGUUCUUUAUCGAGGCUUCAAAAAUGAGUGUCCCAGCGGUGUGGUCAAUGAAGAAACAUUCAAGCAGAUCUACGCUCAGUUUUUCCCUCAUGGAGAUGCCAGCAUGUAUGCCCAUUACCUCUUCCACGCCUUCGACACCACCCAGACAGGCUCCGUGAAGUUCGAGGACUUUGUAACUGCUCUGUCGAUUUUACUGAGAGGAACCGUCCAUGAGAAGCUAAGGUGGACAUUUAAUUUGUAUGACAUCAAUAAAGAUGGAUACAUAAACAAAGAGGAGAUGAUGGACAUUGUCAAAGCCAUCUACGACAUGAUGGGGAAAUACACAUAUCCCGUGCUCAGAGAAGACACUCCAAGGCAGCACGUGGAUGUCUUCUUCCAAAAAAUGGACAAAAAUAAAGAUGGCAUCGUGACUUUAGACGAAUUUCUUGAAUCCUGUCAGGAGGAUGACAACAUCAUGAGGUCCCUCCAGCUAUUCCAAAAUGUCAUGUAACUGUGAACCCAGCCAUCUGGCUCUCAGAGACGUUGUACUGAACAACCACUUCUUAACACCUUGCUCUGCCCUCGUUCUGAUUUUACACACCGACUCUUGGGACAGAAACACCUUUUGCAUUUUGAAAGAAUUCUCCACUGGAGACUUUCUACGGAACCCAGCAUCAUAUGGCUCAGUCUCUGAUGGCCAGCUCUUCCUUCUCCGUCUUCUUGAGAGAGACAAGAUGAAAUUGGGUUUGUUUUGGAAGCAUGCUCAUUUCUUCACACUGCUGCCCUAUGGAAGGUCCCUCUGCUUGAGCUUACAGUAGUGCACACUUUUUUUGCUUGCGUGCCCCAGCCCACUGCCUCCAGCAGACCUUGAUGCGUCUGGAAGCAAGAUGACCUGAGCCAAAUGCACACCAUCCUCUGAUGGCCUCCCAAACCAACGUGCCUGUUUCCCUUCUUUUGGUGGGAAGAAUGAGCAUUACACAGAACAGUAUGAAUCCGUAUAUGACUAGAUUGGGAGAGCCAGCACCUAACAUAUGUAGGCUAGAACUGAAUUCUUAAGCAUGGCAUUGUCUGGUGACACAAAUUGCCCACAUCCUUUGUUUCCAGAGGAAAGAACCAAUAAUUCUCUCUCACAUUGGCAUCUGUGCUGGUAAUGCAAGUCCCUUAAUGUUCCCAGGAAGAGAGCCAAUGCCCGGUGGUCCAUGCCCUCACUCCAUCUCCUGCUAGAGCCCAGCACUGCAUGCCCCUCCCAGAAAGCCCAGAAUGCCUGAAAAUUGCUGUAAUUUUAUACCAUGUUCUAAUCAAUAAACAGAACUAUUUCUUACACUCUUAA